AUGGAUUCUCAAGACAUCAGGUACCGUGGCGGGGACGACAGAGACGCCGCGACGACGGCUAUGGCCGAGACGGAGAGGAAAAACGCGGACGACAACAACAAAGGCAAACGCGAUCAGAAGAGAGCGAUGGCUAAACGCGGUCUCAAAUCGCUGACUGUAGCGGUUGCGGCCCCUAUGAUCGUGACGCUCUUCGCGGCGUAUUUCCUCGGCACAAGCGACGUCUACGGGAGUCGAACCCGGUCCUCGUCGUGGGUCCCACCUCUGUGGCUCCUACACGCCACGUGUCUGGCGUCGAGCGGUCUGAUGGGUUUGGCUGCGUGGCUCGUGUGGGUGGACGGUGGGUUCCACAAGAAGCCAAACGCGUUGUAUCUCUACUUGGCUCAGUUUAUGCUUUGUUUGGUUUGGGAUACGGUUACGUUUCGGGUCGGGUCUGGAAUAGCCGGGCUUCCGGUGUGGUUGGGUCAAUGUGCGGCUUUGUUCGGAUGUUACAAGGCCUUUAGUGAGAUAAGUCCGGUCGCUGGUAAUCUUGUAAAGCCGUGUUUGGCUUGGGCUGCGUUUGUGGCGGCUGUUAAUGUAAAGCUUGCAAUGGCGUGA